AAACAAAAUGACUAGUGUAAAGCAACCUGAUUUUCAGUUCCGAAGUGAUUGUGUUAGCUAAGCUAUUGCUUAUAAUUUAUUAAUAUGCUUUCACUUUGUGGCUUGUUUUGAAUAUGUAUUUUUAUAGCAUAGCAACUGUAAGGAUUUGCUUCUAUAACAGAUUCCCAGCAGUCCAGUUUUAGGCAUGGCCGUGUUUGAGAACUGCUCUGUGCUUUUAGAGCUGAAAAAUCUACCCGUCAAAGAUAAGGAGAAGCUAAAGUCAGCAAUAAGAGAGAACGGAGGCAACAUUUCCUUUGUGGUCAAUAAGCAGUGCUCUCUGAUAGUGACCAGUGAUGUGUCCACCUUGAGCUCCAACAGACUGCGUAGCAUCCAAAAGCACCACACCCCCGUCGUGUGCGUGGAGUAUGUCUACAACUGUGUGAGCAGAGGAGCUCUCCUGCCUGUGGAUGAAUACAAACUGGAUACCUCCUCCGCUCUUUCACCUCCUCUUAUUCUCUUCUCACCAAAGCAAGAACCACCAAGCACAACAGUUGCUGAGCCACCCAAAGGCCAAGCCAAACCUGUGGAGUUUGUCAGUGUGACUCAGAAGGCAGAGACACCGGAGAGGGGCAGAAAUGUCCUGGGAAAGUUCAGAGUUUAUACUGAGACCGAUCCUGAUCUCCCAAUGUAUCCGGAUAAUUUUCAAGUGGCAAAGUAUUCGGUCUUUGAAAAGACAAACAGCAACACUUGGUACGUGCUGGAGCUGCAGAGUGUCGGAGUAAAAAAUGAACGGCAGUACCGUGUAGUCAGGUACUGGAAGGAUGCCAUAGGCACUAAGAAGGCAGCAGUGAGGGAUAUGCUGGUGUUUCUCUCCACCUCAGAGGAAGCUCUGGCAGUGUACCAGGCCCUGAGAAAGAGCCUGCAGGCUGCUGGUCUGCAUCUGAGGAGCAACAUCCAUCCACAGGCCCAGGACCUUGGCUCUGCCCCUCUGCAGCAGCUGUUGCUGGAGGAGAAGCUGAACACUGGAAGCUUAUCGCAGGAGGUGGGCGUAUUUGUGGAGCUGCUGUGGACUGAGGCCCUGGGCUGCCUUGGCAACAUCCUCAGAGUUUCAGUCAACAAGCUCAGCCUCAAUGAUGUGAGCAGGGCAGAGGGCCUGUUGCUUCAGGCCCAGAGGAAACUAAAUGAGGCAAACCAUGCCGAGGUGAUACCUCUCCUGGUAGAAGUUUACACCCUGCUGCCGCACUGGGCACCCGAAUUUGUUCCUAAUGCCAAGCUCAUCUCUCAGAAACUGGACCUCUGUCAGUUAAUUAGAGACGUUCUGAACGUGAGUGAGAUGACUCUGAGGAGCCCCGCACCUUCCUGUGUGGGGAAGUUCCGUGCUCUGAGGUGCAGCAUCGACACAAUUCCCCCCCGCAGUUCGGAGUUUCAGGCUGUGACCGCCCUGCUGCAGGACAGCAAGGUAAAGAUCCUACAGGUCCUGCGUGUCAGCAGAGGAUUGGAGCUGCAGACGUUUAAGAGUGAUCUGGGGAACAUUAAGACCCUCCUCCAUUCAUCCAGGCCCAGCAACUUUGUAGGAAUCCUGUCUCGCGGUCUGCUGUUACCCCGUGUUGGAGUGGAACAUCAUGGGAUAGAGAGAACAGAUGCUGGUAAUCUGGGCAGUGGAAUCUACUUCAGUGAUGUCAUUAGCACCAGUUUGAAAUACUCCAAGCCCAGUGCGACAGACGGCUCUCGGCUGCUGUUGGUGUGUGAUGUGGCGCUGGGACAAUGCAAGGACGUCCGUAAGACGGACCUCACACUGACACAGGCUCCUGAGGGAUACCACAGCGUGCACGGGGUCCGCUACACUCGUCACAUUUACUCAGAAUUUGAGGAUGAUGAGUACGUGGUGUACAGUCCUGAUCAGGUGAAGCUAAAGUAUGUGAUUUGGUUCAGCGUCGAGGGAGAUGCACUGACGGACUUCGGUCCUGCCGUCAACACCUCCGCUGAGCUGUGUCCCCCCUCGUCUGACCAAGAGCUCUGUUCGGAGGAUGACGGGAUUGAAAUGAUUAAAAACCCGCUGGAGGACAUAACAGCUGGACUGUUGGAUGGGUCUGGUCAGCAGCUUCCUCUGCAGGCCGUCCAUGUGAAGUGCAAACUGAUGGAUCUGCUCUCUCAGGUCAUCAUUUUCCAAAAAUACACCAACAUGAGCUCUGUGCCCAUUGAGGCAAAGUAUGUCUUCCCAUUGGAUGAUUCUGCAGCAGUGUGUGGAUUUGAAGCUUUCAUUAAUGGGAAACAUGUGGUGGGACAGGUGAAAGAGAAGGAGCGGGCUCGCAAGGAGUACAAGCAGGCUAUUGAGAAAGGCCAUGGAGCCUACCUCAUGGAUCAGGAUGCCCCCGACGUGUUCACCAUCAGUGUGGGCAAUCUGCCGCCGGGCGCGACUGUUCUCAUUAAAGUUACCUUUGUGUCUGAGCUGAUCAUCAGAGAUGGGGGCAUCCUCUUCACGCUGCCUGGGAGUGUGGCUCCGUGGCAGAAGAGUGCAGCACUCAACCAGACCACACAGGUCACUGUGGAGAAGGUGUGUUUGACUGAUGAGGCAGCAAGUACAAGGGAGUUCACCCUCGACAUGUCAAUUGAAAUGCCCUAUGAAAUCAGCAGCCUGCAGUGCAUUACUCACAAAAUCAAAAUGAAGAGAACAGACUGUAAGGCAGUGGUGAGUGUGCUGCCAGGAGAGGUCAUGGGCCCAGACGGUUUCCAGCUGUCAGUUACUCUGUCUGAGGUUCACCUGCCCAGGAUGUGGGUGGAGGAGCACCCCGACAAGGACAGCCAGGCCUGCAUGUUGGUUUUCUUUCCGGACUUUGACAUCAGCUCUAGUUCAGCAUCCAAUGAAGUUGUGCUGUUGCUGGACACGUCUGAGUCCAUGAAGGGAGAGUCUCUCCACAUGGCACAGAGAAUCGCCCUGCAGAUCCUCAAAGUCCUCGGCUCUGACCUCAGAGUCAAUGUCAUUUUGUUUGGCACAGAUCACCAAGAAGCUUUUCUCACAGCACAGCCACUUGCUGAAGCUCGACAGGCAGCAGAGAGUUUUAUCAAGGUCUUCACUCCAGUAGGGGGCAGCACUGAGCUGUGGCGGCCCCUGCGAGCUCUCAGCCUGCUCCCUCCGUCCCACGGCAUCAGGAACCUGCUGCUGCUGUCAGACGGUCACAUCCAGAGCACAGAGCUCUCCCUGCAGCUGCUCAGAGAAAACGCCCAGCACAGCCGCCUCUUCACCUGCGGCCUCAGUUCGACAGCCAAUCGGCACAUGCUGAGAGCCCUGGCCCAGGCAGGAGGAGGAGCCUAUGAAUUCUUUGACACAAAAACCAAGCACAACUGGGCAGAGAAGGUGGCACGUCAGGUGAAGCGUAUGACGUCUCCUGGUUGCAGUUCCGUUUCAGUGAAGUGGCAGCAGUUCAGCCCAACAGCACCUACUCCUGUACAAGCCCCCAAGCAACUCCAUGCUCUGUUCAAUGACUGCCACACCCUGGUCUAUGGCUUUGUGCCACACUGCACUCAGGCCACCCUCCUUGGAAACCUAAGUGGUCAGGAGCUUAAAACGAUGGUGUCGACCAGCGAGCUGCAGAAGACCAGGGGCACAUUUCUUCACAAGCUCACAGCAAGGGCCCUCAUCAGGGAUUAUGAAGACGGAAGCCUGGAUAGUGAUGAAGCUGAACAUGAGGGGAAGAAAGCGGAGCUGAAAUCCUUCAUCAUUGGGUUGAGCAGAGAGUUCUCCAUCCUGUCUCAGUUCACCAGCUUUGUGGCCAUUGAGGAAAGGGACCCAGAACAAACAGAGGAUGGUUUCACAGACAUCCCCAAGUUGAUUGCAGAGGAAGAUGUGGACAUCCUCACAUACAUCAGCUGGAUUUCUCCUGAGCAUAGUGAAGAGGAGGACAAAGAACUGUCAGAUGUACUAUGUGAUACUUGCUACUCCUUACCUGAUUUGGCUGAGGAAUUACCAAUAGACGGUGCUUCAUUUUCGGAUUACCUAAUGUUGGAAAGGAGCAGAAAAAGGACGCAUGAAUUGGAAUCAGGCACAGAAUCAAAUGAAGCGAUGGGUGUUAGUUUUGUUGAAGAUGAACUUGCCUUAUCUGAUAUAGACCUCAUGGAAGGUCUUGAUACCUCUUGCCCCCCUCUUUCUGGCAAUGCUGCACUCUCUUUAUCUCCUGCUCCCCACAUUCUUCGUACGUUCCAUGCUCUUGCUCACUCUGGUUCUGCUCCUUGUCCAGCACCCCCUCUUUCUGGCACACCUAUUGCUCUUCCUCGCCUAGCUCCUGCUCUUCCUGGACCAUCUCCUUAUCUUAAAACUAUGUUGAUUCCAUCCCUACCUUGCCCAGCUCCUCCUCCUCCUUGCUCUGCUCCUCCCCUUCCCUGCUCUGCCCCUCCCCCUCCUAGACGUGCUUCUCGUCUUCUGUGCCAAGCUCCUCUUCCUCCUGGCUCUGCUCCUCCUCCUCCUCCUUGCCCAGCUCCUCCUCCUGCCCUCUUAGGCAACAUUCGUGACAUGGAGCCUCGAUUGAAGCGGUCAGCAGGACACAGGAGAGCCUUCAGGCAACGUCAUGGUGAAUUCUCCUCACCUGACAUUACCAUGUACUCAGGCAGUCAUCCCUCUUUCUUUGCUCAAGAAUUAGCCACGGGUGCUUUAAUGACGUCUUCAUUAGCUCCUGACCUUCUGGACACAGAGAAGAGUUCCGCUGUCUCUGUGGAAUUGUGUACAGCAGCUGUGCCUAUACAUCUUGCAAAGGAAGCAUCUUUAGCCCCAGUAAUGGCAGCUGAUACAACUGGAAUCAAAGUCUUCUCAUAUGAAGGGGCAAUAUCCAAUUUUGCUUUUGACCAGGACUCAGAUUAUAUCGCUUCCUAUGAAUCUAGUGUGCAAUUUCUGGGGACAUCAGACCACACUGAGCCUAAUCUUGUAGAAAAAGCGCAAUUGUUAAGCCAUUCUGUAGAGAAAAUUCAACCACCACGUUCUUGUUUUGGAUUCGGACUGGCCCAGAGGGAACCUGAACAUGUUGGAGAUGCACGUCCAUCUGUUUUAAGGAGGAAGAGGUUAUCCCUAAUAUGUCCUCAGACUUCAGGUGUGCUGGACGCACUGGAUGUGGAGAUGACACCAGCUGAUCCGGAAACACUAACGCACAAAUGGACAAAGAUCUUCCAGAUGCAGCAUUCAGAGGGCUACUGGGAGUUAACCACAGAGCUGGGUGAAUCCAUAAAUGUUGACGUAGAUCUCUUUGCCAACGUGUACCUGCAAAACAAGGGCAUCCGUUCUCUAGGUGUGAGGGCCCAUGCGGAUAUCCUGAGGUUACUGGCGACUCUCCUGGUUCUGCAGCUGAUGAGGGUGGAGAGGCUGGAGGAAGGCAAACUGCUGCACACCCUCUUCCGCCUGGACGACUCCUCUCAGCCUAGGUCUGAGCACUGGGAGGAGGUGAAGAGGGCGGUGGACUGGGUUUGCUGGGCUGACCGGCAGUACCCAUGUGCCUACAGCCGGCUGGAGUUUGGUUGGAGCUGGGAGGCAUCCACCCGUCAGCUGUUGGGCUACGAAGACCUGCCUCCCUUCUCACCUCUCAGGGGAUUGAACCUGCAGCUGACCACAGCCCCUCUACUUGUCCACUGAGCAUGAAGACAAGAUGGUGUGAGAGAGAGACGAGCCUGAGAUGAUCUUGUAGCUUUUCUUACAUAGAUACGCAGCAUUUCUUUGUCUAAAGUUCUUUGAACUUUGUCGGUGCAAAUCCAUGCCCGUACAUGGCAAAAUACAGUUGGCUUUCUGCUGUAACCUGAUUCCUGAUAGGCUACAUACACAAUAACUGAGCUUUUAAUCAUCUUGUUUUUAAGACAUGCUGUAUGUUUGUUUUAUAGGGACAUAAAAAAACAGUUAAGGUGAAAUAAAUGACCAAAGAUUUACAUAGCCAGGUGUUUUCCACUGGGCACAGGGCAUUAGCAUUCACUGUGAAAAGGUUUCAGUACAGGUUUCCAGAUCUUACUGGAAACAUCUGCCUUGUCUGUCUCAUCAGAUUACAAUAGUGGUUGCCAUGUCUUUUGACCACUGAUAAGUGGCUACAGUUUCCGGUUCAGUCCAUCCUCGGGUUCAAAAUAACCCCAUCCAAUAUCUGUUAAACUAAAACCAUAGCCUUUGGAAGUCUAUGUACUGUAGGGCUGUCUCCACUGAACAAAUGUUAGAUACGUCCACGCUGGACUAGACUUAACAGCAAGAAGGUUCCACGUUUGAACCUUCUGGCUGACUUUUCUGAGUGGAGUUUGUAUAUAUCACCAUUGCUGCAUGGGUCCUCUCCGGGUACUCCAUAGUCCAAAAACAUGCAUCUUGGGUUGACUGGUGGCUUUUAACUUGUCAGGAUUGGCAUCCAGCAUCAGAUACUUAAUGUAUUUGAUGCUGGCAGGGAGCAGCCGAAGGAACCAAAAAAACCAGGUUGGAGUAGUUGGAGAAAUCUGAUGCUGCAUGACUGGUUAUACCUAAGUAACCUGAUUGCUUUUGUUUAGAUAUACAGCUGCCUUUAAGCAUCUUUAUUGUAGGCUGUAAGUUCAAAAAGCAGAAAACACAAACGGAUUAAAUAGAGUGAAGCAGUUUUUCUAAGUGGUCAUUUAGAUAGCACGUGUCGAAGCCACAGUCACUCUUUGUCACUAAGUUUACAUGUUUUACCAUUUAGCCCAGGUCCUGAAGCAACAAUAUCUGCGUACUGUAAUACCUGUCGAGUAAGAUUUAGCUAGAAGACAAACUAGCAUGUGUUUUUCACUUCAUUUUAGUUUUUGUGAGAGUUUGUUCUAGAAUUGGCUGCACAAAAACUUUUUGAAAUAUCUAAUGGAAAAGCAAAUACCUUAAAUACUGUGGGUAUUACACGUGCUUGUGUAGCGGAAUGAUUUCGUCACAUCCGUGUCGAGGUACUCUGCGUUGUGAUUAACCCGGCUGGAGACAAUCUUUCAGCUACAAAUGUCUUUAUUUCUGGUACAGAGAACAUAAAACAGCACAGCCUAAGCUCCAUUGCAUUCAAAUUAACUCCGUGAGAGUGUAUGGCAGACUGGCCUGUGUAUAAAAUAAAUUAAAAUGCACAAUACCUGGUACAGAGAACAUAAAACAGCACAGCUUUAGCUCCGUUGCAUUCAAAUUAACUAAAAGGGAACAAAAACAGUUUUAGACUUAGGUACCAAUUGUCAUGCUAUGCUAGUAUA